ACAUAUCCUGCUACGUGUAAAUGUAACGGACCUUCUACUUUUGCCAACAGCUGUUGGACUAUAGUCACAGUCAUCAUCAGGAUCACGCUCUCUCUCUUUCCCUAACUUUGUUACUCUCUAUCUCUACAAUUCCAAACCCUAACUCUUUCAAUUCACCGUCAAAUAUGGGUUCCGAAGGAUCCAGUGUUGUUGUUCCUAGAAAUUUUAGAUUAUUGGAAGAGCUGGAGAGAGGUGAGAAGGGAAUUGGAGAUGGAACUGUUAGCUAUGGAAUGGAUGAUGCUGAUGAUAUAUACAUGCAGUCAUGGACUGGGACUAUUAUUGGCCCCCCUGGUACUGUUCAUGAAGGGCGUAUCUAUCAGCUGAAAUUAUUUUGUGGCAAGGAUUAUCCAGACAAUCCACCAUCUGUUAGAUUUCAGACUAGGAUUAACAUGACUUGCGUCAACCAAGAAACUGGAGCGGUUGAGCCACAUUUGUUUCCUAUGCUUGCUAAUUGGCAAAGAGAGUGCACAAUGGAAGACAUUUUGAUGCAAUUGAAGAAAGAAAUGAUGUCUCCACAAAAUCGGAAGCUUGCUCAGCCUCCUGAAGGCAAUGACGAUGGCAGGAUUGACCAAAAGGGUCUGGUGCUGAGAUGCUCCAUCGUUUAAUUGAGGUGAGAAUCCAACAAUAAUAAUGUAAAUAAUUAUAUUGAAUAGACAAUCCCAGUUUAUGGGUUAACGCAUUUAUAAAUGUAAUUAUGACCCAUUUGCGUAUGUAACCUGGAGCAAUUAAAGAGCGACUAUCUAUCCUUGAAAUUUUAUUGCGAAUGGUAAGAAACUGAUUUUACUGCGGACUUUAAUUUGGUAGUGGGUAUGUAUUCAUCUGUGUAGAUUUGGGCUUUAAGCACACUGCCAUCAUAAAAUUGUGGGAUAACGUUGCAU